AUGACAACCAAAACUGAACGUUCGGAGAUCAAAGGUCUUCACGGUAUAGAAUCCUCCUCCAGAUCGUCCGUCAAUAACAAUUACCGAGACGCGUCGAACGGGACUCCAGUAUGGAAGAAAAACCCUACUCUUAUCCAAACACCUGUGAAUGCUAAGGGUAGACCACAGACGUCGGCCGCUCAAGUGCUUAGUCAAGGAGGGAAUCCCAGGGGGGGUGGCUUCACCGUAGCAGUGGGGAAUACAACGUCACGUAGAACAAUGACGGCGUGUCCACCUCGAAAGAAGAUGAAAAUCGACGAAGAUACCACAUUCGGGGGGAACGUUCGGCGGAAACAACCUAAAGAGGGACGCCCCGUGUUGGCCCCAGAAAUUAUUGAAGUCGACGACGAAGACCUCCACCCUUCUACAGAUGAUAUGCUCCUGCGUUCUCCCCGCACGUCAGGACUUCGUUCUACGAUCCAGAAUCACGACACCCAUUCAUCUAAUCACGCUGAGUCCAGCCGCGCCUCGAUGUCACGACCACCACGCUCGGGGAAUGUUGUUGUACCAGAUGGGAAGGAUACGGAAUGGUUAGAACGCAAGAUAGACCCAACAGACGACGACCCCAUUGCCCUAUUUUCAGACGAGGAAACGAACCUACCCAAAGGGAAGGUGAAAAGUAUUGUCAACACGAUUGAAGCCAAGUCAAUACCUCAAAUUGAUUUGCGAAAGGUAAAACCACAUAUGAAACCAAGAACUCAGUUGAAAGUUAUGCAUUCGGAAUCGACCACUCCACGCGACCAUAUAGCGACAUCGUCAACAAACUUCUUCAAUCGCAAGGAUUCCAAACAAACCAGGGCCACUCCAAGAACUUUGCCCGUCAAGGAAUUCUUCAUUGGCACUAAGCUUUGGGAGGAUAAACCCUCCAUUUUAACCUGGUCAACAACAGACUGUAUCGAGAUUUCGCAUGGCGGAAUACCACAGCUUAAAGCUUUUGAUGUUCGAAGUAAUUGCAGUUCAGUGACCUAUACCGUGAAGUCAACUCCGUUUUCUGGAAAUGAAGCUCCAGUCGUAAAAUUGGAUACCUUCAGCGCGAUAAAACGGAUCAAUCACAAAGCUGCCGACGCAUUCAAAUCAGGCGCACCGUUUUCGGGAUCUAUCGUUGUUAAGUUUGAUACCAGCCACCCCGACUGGGCGCCGUCUUCAUAUCAAGCCUUCACUCAAUGGUUGAGCAAACAUAUAAACAAAUCUGAGAAAUUAUCGGGACAAAAACCAACUGACUCAGUUUGGGAACAGCAAUCCAAUCACAGUUGUCUAUUUUUUAGGCCUACCGGUGCAAGAAAAUCCAGUAACUCGACAAGAAAAGCCGUUGCGACCACUUCUUCUAAGAAGCGUGCAGCGCCAGAUGAGUCUGCUAGCGAAGACGAGCUUGCUACACCGCCGCGGGCAGUGGAAUCCAGGGCAGCUUCACGGACAUCUCGUCGCCCAACUACACCUAUUGAAAUCGCUUCUCCACCUGGCAAUGUGGUCGAAGUCGCAGAAGCAGGGCCUUCAAAUUUACGUCGAUCAACGCGGCGUUCUGCAGCUGCUGCGCAGGCUCCGCAAGUCGAUCCAGAUGAAGUUAUCCUCGUGUAUCCUCAUGGCGUUCCUGGCGCCGUCAAUAUCACCAACGCCGACAUGGGACGUUUAGAUCCAGGAGAGUUCCUUAACGAUACCCUGAUUGAAUUUGGAUUAAAGCUAUGGCUGAGAGAAUUGGAGGACACCGAUCCCGAACUAGCAAAACAAAUUCACGUCUUCAGUUCUUUCUUCUACAAGAAAUUGAACAAGAAAAACUUCCAAGAAGGUUACAAUAGUGUUCGUAAAUGGACCUCAAGGUUUGAUUUGUUUCAGAAGAAAUACAUCAUCGUGCCAAUCAAUGAAAAUCUCCAUUGGUACUUCGCCAUCAUCUACGAACCCGAGCACGUGCUCCUAUCGCCUGCAGCUCAGCGUCAAACAAGGAGCCACUCAGCUCCAAAACCCACUAGUAAAACCGUCGAAACGAUCCCUACUCAGAAUAACUCCCCUAUAGCGGACCCUGAUGGCCAGAGAGGGCAGACUAUGAGUGAGACUGAAGUUGAGGAGGGCCUACAUGACUUUCAAAGUUCCUGUUCAAUAACAGCCACCAGCGGGGACUCCUCGACGACCACAACAACUCCCCGGGAACAACCCACGACGGCGUCUAUCCAGGGCGCAAAUCGCGAAACCCCCUCCUCCGAUGUAAUUGACAUCGAGAUGGACAACCCUCUUGUCGAAGAAGUCACGGAUAGUAUGGAUCAUACGCCAAGUUCCUCGAAAGCCCGCUCUCCUUCCCCCAUGAAAGAAGACGACUCCCGACAACCACCCUCUGACAGGGAAAUUGAGGAUGUCCAAGAUGCCCCAGGUUCCAAUGGUGUUUUCAACUUUCCACGAAGGGACGUCUCGGCGUACCUUGUAGGAAUUCCGCCAAGCAAGUUUUAUGCGUCAUCGAAGAAUGUCAAGGAUAAACCGAAAGAGAUCGAUCUUGUUCCGAUGGAAAUACAUGACGAUGCCGAAGAACUGUACGAAUCUUCGGCUGGACAACCACAGACACAUAUAAUCACUCUGGAUUCUUUGGGUGGCCCUCAUAAGCAAGCAGUAAAUCAACUAGCCAAGUAUCUGAGACUUGAGGCCAAAGACAAGAAAGGCAUUGACCAGCCUAGCAGUGCUACUGGCCUCGUAGCUGCAGUUCCUACACAACCAAACUUCUGUGACUGUGGCGUGUAUCUACUGCACCUGGCGCAGACAUUCAUGAAAAACCCUCAACAUUAUUUCCAAAUGACACUUGCAUCCUCUAACAAGAAGGCUGCGCAUUCUGCACGUCGACUUGACUGGAAUGAUUCUGAAGUCGGCCAGUUCCGUGAAAAUAUGGCCCGUCGCAUUCGGGAGUUGUCUGGGGAGUGGAAGCAACUGAAGGAGGAAGUUCGCAAAAAGGAAGCAGAGCAAGGCAAAGGCGACGCAGAAGCUGCUUCAGAGUCCGACUCGGAGGUCGAUAUCGUGGAGGUGGAGACAAUUCCUCCGAGGGUUCGGCCUCGAACAGGUCGACAUGGACCGGCAGCCCGAGUCAGAGGAUGA